CGAAGCUUGGCGGAAGCUUCGUCCACACCGCGUUUCACUUGUCACCCAUGUUUAUCCGAGCAAAGAAAAAACUCUCACCGGGAAACCUCUACUCGCUUCUCUGCUGGCUACACCUGCUAUAUACGGCCCCAUCGAUCGAUCGAUCGCACGCAAGACACCGCCACAAGGCUCCUCAUCUCCUUCCUCUUCUUCUUCACUCGUCUCUCUCUCUCUCUCGGUGCGGGCUGCAGCAUGAGCGAUCUCCCGCCGGCGCCGGCGAUGGGGGGCGAGCGGGACAUCGAGCUGGGCCUUCCCACCACCAACACCACAUCAGGCUACACGCUUCAGCACAUUCUCGAAGACAUCCGCCAGUUUUCGACGCUGCUGGGCAGCACGCCCAAGAUGCUUCACAAGCUCAAGGAAGCCAACAAGGAGUUGAAAUCGGCCGCUGAAUCUGCUGCAGUCAAAGAAAUCAAGGGGCGCAUGGAGAAAGACAUGGACGAGGCGGUGAAGAUGGCACGGAUCAUGAAAGAGAAGCUAAGCAGAAUCUUCCAAGGCGUGCUGGUUCCAGUUCUGAACAAUAUGUCAACUGGUCAUGCAUAUCCAGGGCUCACGGUUCCUGUCACCCUGGACCCGUCAACACUGUCCAUGAUCACGGCACUGAAGAUAAAGCUUAAGGAAAGAAAGAAAGAUCUUAAGAAUCUGGGAAAAGCUAUGCAGGAAGAGUACAUAGAAGUGGUUCAGAGCAGGAUUUUCACAGUCACCGGAGUAAAGCUCUCUGAUAAGGUGAUUCGCGUGAUCGACACCAACAGCAUCACGCAGAUGUUUGAGCACAGAGUUCAUGGAAUAGGUCCAGAGCAGGCCGGCGCCAUAGGGGAGGAAAUCAAGGAGCGGCGCGGUGCCGCCAUGGAUCUCGGCAAGAAGGCUGUUGAGGUGCGAAAGAAUUUCAGGGAGAUGCUGGCGCUUGUCAAAGCGCAAGAGAAGAUAGUCAAGGCACUGAGUCAGGUCCGUCAGAGUGCUGCGGUCCGUGCACGAUCUAUUGCGGAGGAGCUGGCCCGUGCGCGAUCUAGGGCCGAGGAGCUGCGCCAGAAGAUGGAGGAGACAAAGCUGCUCAUCGUACUGUUUGUGAUCUUCUUGUUGUUGUUCAUCGUCGCGGUUACUCUCGGAAUCUCCGGCUGACCACUUACGGAGUAGUACUUGUUCCUACUACUUGCAUUGCAUUGCAUGGCACGCAACUGGGAUUUUAGGACAAUUUUAUAUCGUGGCAUGGCAGCAGUGACUUGUUUCGUGACUUUCGUGGGAGUGGUGGUAUGCUAGUAGAACUUCUGGGAU